CACUGACGUCACGUGGGCAGAAGAGUUUAAAGUCCUGUUUUUUAGGUUGUGUAGCUUAUUUCACUCUUAAGUCUUGUAAAGUGAUUUUUAACAAAGACACUGGCGUUGGCCUCAAAGUCCACAGAUGAUGAUGAUGAUGACUUGGAAGGGGAAACAGUUCUUCCUCCACUUCCUCCUCUUCUCCGUGCUGUCCUCUCUGUGUGACUGUCACCCUCACUUUGCUCUGCACAAGGGUUCAAGUGCUGCAUCCAAUGAUACUGAAAGAAACGCUUCACAUGUAGCAGCGGAGGUAGCAGGCUAUGCUGCUGUGGCAAAACAGAUCAUUGACCUGGCUGUGUACGGUGCUGCCCGGAACCGCUCUUACGGACGCCUGGCCGACUUCACUGACACUAUAGGGAACCGUGUCAGCGGCUCACACAAUCUAGAGAUGGCUAUCAAAUACAUGUCCAAUGCUAUGACGCAGGAUGGGUUGGAUGUCCACCUGGAGCCUGUUAAAAUCCCACACUGGGUGAGAGGGGAGGAGAGUGCAGAGAUGACUGUGCCAAGGGCCAAAAGACUGGCUAUACUGGGCCUGGGCAGCAGUGUGGGAACACCACCUGAAGGUAUCGAGGCAGAGGUGUUAGUGGUUGAGUCUUUCGAGGAGUUGAAGCGUAGAGCCAGUGAGGCCGUCGGCAAGAUCGUGGUCUUCAACCAGCCGUUUGUCAGCUACGGGGAGACGGUGAAGUACCGAGCUUACGGUGCCUCGGAGGCAGCUAAAGUGGGAGCUGUGGCCUCUCUAAUUCGAUCUAUCACCCCAUACUCUAUUAACAGUCCUCACACAGGCUGGCAGGACUACCAGGAUGGAGUGAAGCACAUCCCUGCAGCCUGUAUCACUCUGGAAGAUGCUGAGCUCAUGUGGCGUUUCGCGCAGAGGGGGCAGAAGAUCGUGGUUAGACUCAAGAUGGGAGCCAAGACUCUGCCGGAUGCCGACUCCUUCAACACAGUGGCUGAAAUAAAAGGCUGGCAGCACCCCGAGCAGGUUGUUCUACUGAGCGGUCACUUGGACAGUUGGGACGUGGGCCAGGGUGCUAUGGAUGACGGAGGUGGAGUCAUGAUUUCCUGGGAGGCCUUGUCACUCAUCAAGGACUUAGGUCUGCGUCCGAGGAGAACUCUGCGAACGGUGCUGUGGACGGGUGAAGAGCAGGGUGGAGUUGGAUCUCUGCAGUACUUUAAUCUACACAAGGUCAACCUGUCCAACUUUGACCUCGUCAUGGAGUCCGACUUGGGGACAUUCACACCGCUGGCUCUGCAGUUUACUGGCAGUGACGCAGCACGAGCGGUGAUGGAAGAAGUGGUCAAACUGUUGGCUCCCAUUAAUACGACCAAACUGGAGGCAAACGGAGAAGGGACAGACAUUUCACAAUGGAUACAGGCUGGAGUACCAGGUGCUAGCCUCCAUGUGGAAGACAGCCGCUACUUCUGGUUCCACCACAGCGAGGGAGAUACCAUGACCGUCCAGGACCCUAAAGACAUGAGCCUGUGCUCGGCAUUGUGGGCUGUUGUUGCCUAUGUAGUGGCAGACCUGCAGGAUAUGCUGCAGAAGUAGCCAGUUAGCACACAGGGGUCGUAGCCUGCAGUGGACAGGCUGAUCACUCUGAUGGCAAACCACAUUCAGAGUGAAGCUGCUGGGGUGUUGUGAAUGUGAUAACAGUGUUGUGAAUGUGACACAGCUGAUCCACGUUGAAGUGCAGGCAUAUUUUACUACAGAAUGAAAAUUCAUACAUUCGUAAUGACCCUAAAAAUGGAACGUUUUUUUGCAGCUCAGGGUGGUAUCAUGGGUCUGCAUCCAAAACAAGAUACAAGAAAGAGCAUCGGGAAGUUUUAAUUAUAAAAGAAAAAUGAAGAAUAUCAAUUAGAUCAUACCAAUAAAUAAUUUUAGUGAUUCUCAGCAAAACAUGUGGUGAGAAUAAGUGGAAAUUAAGAGAACUGCCUUCCUGACUUUCUCCGUACUGUACUUGUUGUGGUGCCUUAAUACAAAGUGCUUCAAACAGGAGGACAAAAUAAUUUCUAGGCCUUUUAAAGUUUAGAAAUCAGAACUGUGAAACUUUAUCCUGAGAAAAUGAGACAAAUCCCCCUUCAGUGUGACUUGAGACCAAAAGUGUUACCCGUAGUGAGGACACAGUUAACAAGCAACAACUGGAUAAUAUCUGUGUUGAGAAACUGCGGAGCUGCCUAACUUUACCAGUGUCCAGUUUUAUCUAAAGGAACAAAGUCAUUUUUUAAAAGCCACACAUUUAUUCAACUGUUAAUCAGAUUACUGUGGUAAAUGCUGACGUCUUACACUUCCUGCCUCUGUUGUGCUUAAUUGAGUCUUGGCACAUUUCAUUUUCACCUCAUGUCCAUUUUUACAUAAUAUUCUGUGCAAUCUUAUACCAAGAAAUCAUUGCAGUCUUUGGAUAUCAUGAAAGUGUGAAUCAUU